AUGCCCAAGCUUGUGGGCAAGAACGGUGACGAGGCUGUGCCGACCUGUGGUCGUUGCGACAAGAGCGGGCGCUGGUGCGACAGGUCCCAAUCUCUCAGGAUUCGCGCACAGAAGAACGUCGGCAAACAAGACGAGACAGCCAUUCAUGCGCUCGGGGCGACACAAGCUAAGGCAGCUGAGAUUAGAGAUCCUCAAACCGCGCUGCAAGAUGAAGAUAUCGCACAGUAUUUCGAGCACUAUCUCAAAGAACUGGCACCAUGGUACGAUUUGAACGAUCUUGAUAUGACUUUUGCAGUGAUUGUGGCAAGCAGAGCUCAACAUAGCCGAUUGCUCCUGAGUGCCAUCAUUGCGUUUGCGGCUGUGCACAAAAGCAGAACUGGGCAUGCUGCAUCCAAAAACCUGGCCGAGACACAUCACGCUCAUUGUCUUAGAUUGCUCAUCGGCCUCGACAGUGAUGAUCUCGAGAUCAGGAACGGCACCGCACUUGCAGCCACGUGUUUGCUGCGUUCGUAUGAAAUCCUCUCUGAGGAGGAGGAUCCAAACCGACACCUGUUUGGGGCAUUCUCCUUGAUACCACUACUGUCCUCGGCACUUCCGAGUGAGCAACUUCUCAGAGCCGGGCUGUGGAACUACCUGCGUGAGGAUAUAACAUUUUCUCUCAUCAACGAGUGCCCAUUGAAAAUUGAUCUGGGGGAGGUGAACGUGGAACCUUGUCGUGACGAUGAUUACGCCAGUCAGAUCACGCUUCUCCUCGGGCGCUUGAUCAAUGCUGCUUUUGCUAAAGAGCAAAUGACGGUCGAGAGACUUCGACAAGCACUGUCGCAUUGGUAUUCAACUCUGCCAUUCCGACCAUACCAUGAGUCUCAUAGCGAUGGCUUGCCGAGGAUUCGAAUGUUGCAGAAUUGCCAUUUCGCAGCGAUGCAUUACUAUUAUGUGGCAAUGUGUCUUGUAGACGUAAGCAUUGCGCGCUCGGCGAGACUGGAGGAAUAUGCCAGACUGAUAUGCGGAUCCACAUUUACUGCCAAUAAUGACCCGACCAUGGUAAAUGCUUAUGGUCCCAUUUGUUAUAGCGCGAAGUGGUUGAGAAGGGACGAGGACCGUCGUGAAGUUGUGAACCGAUUACUAGGCAGUCAGAGACGGACAGGAUGGCCUGUUCAGGCCAUCAUCGUUAGGUUGAAGGAACAUUGGCUGACCGGGACAGAAAGUUUCGAAUCCAGGAGUUCCACCUAA